AGUGGACGGCUAGAUGUGGGACCCAGUCGAAGGAUAUGGUUCCUUGUAGGGAUGAACGUUGACUUGAAUUUUACAUUCAUGUCACUCGACAACUUGACACGUGAUAUAUGGAAAUACGGUAACGAAAGUUCGGAUGAUGGACUGGGCCCUAAGAGGGGUCCACUUAGCACCGUCAUACCGAUGACUGUUGUUUAUGCUGUAAUUCUUGUUACCGGAACGACUGGAAAUGUGUGUACCUGUAUAGUGAUAGCUCGAAACAAAUAUAUGCAUACGGCAACUAAUUAUUAUCUGUUCAGUUUGGCCAUAUCGGAUUUACUCCUUUUAGUCUUGGGAUUGCCUCAAGAAUUAUAUGAAUUAUGGGUAAGAUAUCCUUAUAUUUUUGGUGAGAGCGUUUGUGUCAUACGUGGUUUGACUUCGGAAACUUCAACAAAUGCAUCAAUUUUGACUAUAACGGCCUUUACUGUCGAAAGAUACGUUGCUAUCUGUCACCCUUUGAGAGCCCAUACCAUGUCCCAUCUACCUAGGGCUAUUCGAACGAUACUAGCUAUCUGGAUGAUAGCGGCUGUAUUCGCUAUGCCCCUAGCUUUACAGUUUGGUAUUGUUUACGGAGAAACAGAAGAGGGUAAAAUAAUUUGGGAGUCAGCCGUCUGUAAUGUCAAAAGACCUUUACCACACGCCUUCGAAAUAUCAACUUUUCUAUUCUUUGUCCUUCCCAUCAGCGUUAUUUCCAUACUGUAUGUAUUUAUAGGACUAAGACUUAGAAUGUCGGGUCCUGGAAGAAGGAAAUGUUCACCAGAAACAACAAAUGGACCAGGACCAGGAAGACAAAAUCUUUCAUCGAGAAGAGCUGUCGUAAAAAUGUUAGGUAAGUCAAUCAUUUUCUAUUUACAAUUCGAUUUUAAAGUGCGUAUAUUAUUUAAUCUCUUAGUCAAAGUAAAUCUUUCUUCAAAUCGUUUAUGA